ACGACGAUACAACAGGACGCGUUGCCUUAUCCUCAAAUCUUUUCGGAAGACCUGUUUGAUAUUUCUUCAAUUAAUUUUUCCCAAUUAAAGAAAAGUGCGUUUACUGCUAUGGCAAAAGGAGAAGGGAGUGAACAAUACUCAAACGCCAGUUUAUUGAAUAAACCUGACAACUCGGAUGGUAUCAAGCUCUCAUCAAAGAAGGAGAACAGGAACCGAUUGUCAGUCUGCAACAAGAUCUGCUAUGCCGUCGGCGGAGCUCCUUACCAGAUCACAGGAUGUGCCUUGGGGUUCUUCCUGCAGAUCUAUCUCCUGGACGUAGCUCAGCUCGAUCCCUUCCAUGCCUCCAUUAUCUUGUUCGCGGGCCGAGCAUGGGAUGCAGUCACAGACCCCACGGUGGGCUUCCUGGUCUCCAGAAGCCCAUGGACUCGCUUCGGACGCAUGCUGCCCUGGAUCCUGUUCUCGACCCCUCUGGCUGUGGUUUCCUAUUUCCUCAUUUGGUAUGUUCCUCCCUUUGAGAAUGGAAAAGUCAUCUGGUACCUUGUGUUCUACUGCAUCUUCCAGUCCCUUCAAACUUGCUUCCAUGUGCCGUACUCUGCCCUCACCAUGUUCAUCAGCUCAGAGCAGAAAGAAAGAGACUCAGCCACCGCAUACAGGAUGACGGUGGAGGUCCUGGGCACUGUGGUGGGCACAGCCAUCCAGGGGCAGAUCGUGGGCAUGGCCAACGCCCCCUGCCUCCCGGGCCCCGGGGACAUCCUGGCUAAUCUGAGCAACUACUCUCUGCUAGCCGGACACAAUAGCUCCGAGCCUGUCAUUUCCCUGGAUCACACGAAAACGGCCUAUAUGAUUUCUUCCGGUAUCAUCAGCAUCAUCUACGUCCUCUGCGCUAUCGUCCUUUUCUUCGGUGUAAAAGAACAAAAAGAUUCUUCUCGUCCCCGGUCGGAGCCCAUGGGUUUCUUCCAGGGGAUCAGGCUGGUGAUGGGACACGGACCCUACGUCAAACUGAUCAUGGUCUUCCUCUUUACCUCUCUCGCUUUCAUGCUCCUGGAGGGAAACUUCGCCCUGUUCUGCAGCUCCACACUGGGCUUCAGAAACGACUUCCAGAAUAUACUGCUGGUCAUCAUGCUUUCCGCUACUCUGGCCAUCCCAUUCUGGCAGUGGUUCCUGACCCGCUUUGGGAAAAAGACGGCGGUUUACGUUGGCACCUUGGCUGUGGUCCCCUUCAUGAUCCUGGUGGUGUGUGUUAAGAGUAACCUGAUCGUCACGUACAUCGUCUCCUUUGCUGCCGGGGUGGGAGUGGCUGCAGCCUUCCUGCUGCCCUGGUCUAUGCUGCCCGAUGUUGUAGACGAUUUCCAAGUGCAGAACCCCGACUCCGCCGGCCACGAAGCUCUCUUCUACUCCUUCUACGUCUUCUUCACCAAGUUCGCAUCUGGAGUCUCCCUCGGUGUCUCCACACUCAGUUUAGAUUUCGCGGGCUACAUCAGUCGAGGCUGCACUCAACCAGAGGCAGUGCAUGUAACGUUGAAAGUGCUGGUCUCAGCCGCCCCCAUAGUUCUCAUCCUAAUCGGCCUGACGAUAUUAUACUUUUAUCCCAUCACCGAGGAGAGGAGGCAGGGCAACCGCAAACUGCUGCAAGAACUGAGGGACCCAACGAAGCAGAUUCAGAAACAGAAUCGACAGAGCUGGCCAACAUGAUCUAGAACAUUUAAGAGACCAAUCGGGUGAUCGACUGGCAUUUUGCACUGGGUGGAACCAACUGCCAUGGACCUGCCAGAUCAUACAGACACUGCCUUGUCCAAUCACACUGCUGCUGUUCCAAGUCUGAAGAAAUGUUAUUGACUCAGAAAGUGUCAUAGCUUCAGGAGCGCUGAAGCCUAAAACAAACAUCCUACCCAUUUGUGACUUUUCCGCUGCUUGAGAUUCUCUCUACUAUCUUCUUUUGUUCAGUCAAACCUCAAAAGCCUUACUUUUUGUAUAACUACUUUUGAGUACUGUGGAAAAUCCCUUUUUUCUUUUUAAAGGUUGGCCUUGUUCUCAGUUGAAAUUGCACAAAAGCAUGAAAUGUGAUGGAAGACGUUAUGUAACCCUUUUUAUACCGGUGCUACUCGCUGCAGAUGAACAGUUUCCAUCCUUGUGCUUAAAACACAUUGAGCAUUAAAGACCUUGAGCACUGCGGGACAGAAAACCUGAGAUGUGAACAUCGUGAGAAACUUGAACAAACAGUGAUUACGCCUUAAUACCAACCUUGUUUUGGGGUUAAAAUGCAAAACUGUCGCUCAGCCACUUGCUCUUGUGCCAUUGAUUUGGUGUUUUGGAUGUCUUUUUAAGUGUGUAAUUUCAUAACUAAUCCUCAGUGUUUACUGUAAGCAGUCCAACCAUUUUUCCAUCUCAUUCCCAUCCAACUUGCUUUUUUUUUAAAGAAGCCAUUAUAAUGUGAUAUUAGUGGUGGGACAGUAACAGCUUUGAAAUUUGUUUAGUUCCCCACCAAAUGAAACCACUACAAAAGUAAAAUAGUUUAGUUUGCAACUACAUUACUGACAUAUCUUAUUUAUAUAAUACUGAAGACAGGAAAAGCCUUUUCUUCUCCUAACGCUUUAAUUUCCUUAAUGAGCGGCACGGCGACUAGAGCCGGUACUGACAUAGUUAUAUCUUUAUUUAAAUAUUUAUAUUAGCUUUGAUUUUAAUGUUUUUGAAUUCAUGUUAGCUGGAAAGUCAUGCUUCUUGCAGUAUUAAAAUAUAUUUAAGGCUUCUGAGGUUCCACCUGCAUUUGAAGUUUCAAAAUGUGGAAAAUGGGGUGGAAGCAACAUUUUAAAACAUUAACACGCCUUUUAAUGCAUGUUGACGUCACUACCAACUUUGCUCCAAAUGCAUUCAAAAAGGGAAGCACAUAGUUAUGAAAAAUGGAAGAUGGGGCAGUAAAGUUGUUUGUGCAUUUUUCUGUAUAUGUGUGUGUUUAUUGAACAACCUUAGUGAUCAUCUCAAUCCCAGUGAGAGUGUGGAUUGACAUAUUUCAUAUCCGUUGAUAUGGAAAAUGUGUACAUAAAGUGUCAUAUGUUAUACAUACUGUUACAUCAUUGACAUGUUGUUUCUGACAACUGGGAUGCCGAUGUGAAAAUGUUCAUAUUUCAUUCACUUGUUAUUUGUGAGUGUUUGUUUUUCUUUGAGGUUUCUUCUAACUCUAGAGGAUACUGUACAUGCCAACACACAGUGCCAUUUUCACCCACUAACUCUGUGAUAAUUGUACAUUGUGUAAACUGUUUUAUUUUGUCAGUGUUUUCUUUCGGUGGACGCCCCUCAUGACUCUUGAGGCUGUAGCCAAAUGUGUGAGCUUUAACCUUCCAGGGACACACUAAAGCCUUGUGAACAUGUCUCCUGUGCAUAUGUAUAUAUUGUAUGUAAACCUGUAAAUAUCUUUGAUAAUUGUGGCUGUGAAAUGAAAUCUGUACACUUUAAUGUAGUUAUUUAAGAAAAAGAUGUUGAGAUUUAAAAAAGUAAUAAAUACUAAUUGAUAAGUGUACUGUGAA